AUGCCUGUAAAUCCAUGGACCCUCUUCUUCUUAUGCAUUUCCCUUUUACUUCCAUACCAUUCUUUUACAGCUCUUGCAGUAAACCAACAAGGGGAAGCUCUUCUUUCAUGGAAGAGAACCCUGAAUGGAUCCCUGGAGGUAUUGAGUAACUGGAACCCAAUUGAAGAUACACCAUGUAGCUGGUUUGGAGUGAGUUGCAACUCGAACAACGAAGUAGUAGAAUUAGAUCUGAGGUAUGUGGAUUUGCUUGGUAAACUUCCUACUAAUUUCAACUCAUUGCUUUCCUUGAGCAAUCUCAUCUUAACCGGAACAAACCUCACCGGUUCAAUCCCAAAAGAAAUAGGCAAACUUGGCGAACUCAGCUACUUGGAGUUGAGUGACAAUGCCUUGAGUGGCGAAAUCCCAAGUGAGCUCUGCUACUUGCCCAAACUUGAGGAACUCCAUCUGAAUUCCAACGAGCUCGUGGGGUCGAUUCCAGUUGAAAUUGGGAACCUCACAAAGUUGAAGAAGCUGACCUUAUAUGACAAUCAACUGAGUGGUCAAAUUCCUAGCACCAUAGGCAACCUGAGGAACCUGCAAGUGAUAAGAGCUGGAGGAAACAAGAACCUUGAAGGUCCUUUACCACAAGAAAUUGGCAACUGUUCCAAUUUGGUCAUGUUGGGCCUGGCUGAAACAAGCAUCUCGGGUUUUCUUCCACCAACUCUUGGCCUCCUCAAGAAGCUUGAAACCAUAGCCAUUUACACUUCCCUCCUCUCUGGCCAAAUACCCCCUGAACUUGGUGACUGCACCGAGCUCCAAAACAUUUAUCUUUACGAGAACUCCCUCACUGGAUCCAUACCAACCAAAUUGGGGAAUCUCAGCAACCUCAAGAACCUUCUUCUCUGGCAAAACAAUUUAGUUGGCACCAUCCCACCAGAGAUUGGAAACUGCAACCAGUUAUCAGUCAUUGACGUGUCAAUGAAUUCAAUAACCGGAAGCAUUCCCAAAAGUUUUGGGAACUUGACUUCGCUACAAGAACUCCAACUCAGUGUCAACCAGAUUUCGGGUGAGAUUCCGGAAGAACUAGGAAACUGUGAGCAACUCACUCACGUGGAGCUGGACAACAAUCUAAUCAUGGGGACGAUACCUUCCGAAUUUGGAAACCUUGGGAAUCUAACGUUGUUGUUCCUGUGGCACAACAAGUUACAAGGUACCAUACCCUCGUCCCUUUCCAAUUGUCAAAACCUAGAGGCUCUUGAUCUCUCGCAGAAUGGAUUGACGGGUCCCAUACCAAAGGGGAUAUUCCAGCUCAAGAAUCUCAACAAGCUUUUGCUUCUCUCUAACAAUCUCUCUGGGAAAAUCCCCUCUGAGAUUGGGAAUUGUUCCUCUCUUAUUCGCUUCCGGGCAAACAACAACAACAUCACCGGCAACAUUCCCUCCCAGAUUGGGAAUCUCAAAAAUUUGAAUUUCUUGGACCUUGGAAGCAAUCGGAUUUCAGGAGUUAUCCCGGAGGAGAUAUCCGGCAGCCGGAAUCUCACUUUUUUGGACUUACAUUCAAACUUCAUUGCCGGAAACUUGCCGGAAAGUCUGAGCCUGCUCGUCUCGCUUCAAUUCCUCGAUUUCUCCGAUAACAUGAUCGAAGGCACACUGAGCCCUACCCUCGGCUCUCUUGCUGCUCUAACCAAACUGGUUCUCGGAAAGAAUCGGAUCUCAGGCUCAAUUCCGAGUCAACUCGGAUCUUGUGUCAAGCUGCAGCUGCUAGACCUCAGCUGCAACCAGUUCUCCGGCGAAAUUCCAGGUAGCAUCGGCAACAUUCCGGCCUUAGAGAUAGCUAUGAAUCUUAGCUGGAACCAACUCUCCGGCGAGAUCCCUCAGGAUUUUUCGGGUUUGGAGAAGCUCGGAGUCUUGGACAUAUCCCACAACUUUCUCGCCGGAAACCUGCAGUAUCUCGCCGGUCUGCAAAAUCUCGUGGUCCUCAAUAUCUCGUACAACAAAUUCUCCGGGCGCGUUCCGGACACGCCUUUCUUCGCGAAGCUGCCCCUGAGCGUGCUCGCCGGGAACCCGUCGCUAUGCUUGACCGGCAAUCAAUGCGCCGGCGAAGGCUACGGGAAAUCCGGGCGGCGUGCGAGGCAGGCGCGAGUGGCAAUGGUGGUCCUGCUGUGCACCGCGUGCGUGCUCCUCAUGGCGGCGCUGUACGUCGUCGUGGCGGCAAAACGACGAAGGGACAAAGAAAACGACGUUGACCUCGAUGGAAAGGAUAGCGACGUAGACAUGACCCCACCUUGGGAGGUGACCCUGUACCAGAAGCUCGACUUGUCAAUGUCUGACGUAGCAAAAUGCCUCUUUGCUGGCAACGUCAUUGGACACGGGCGAUCCGGCGUCGUUUACAAGGUGAACUUGCCGGCGACGGGAUUAUCCAUCGCGGUGAAAAAGUUCAGGUCGUCGGAGAAAUUUUCUGCGGCGGCGUUUUCGUCGGAGAUUGCUACGCUGGCGCGAAUUCGGCACCGGAAUAUCGUGCGGUUAUUGGGUUGGGGUGCGAACCGGAGAACGAAGUUACUGUUCUAUGAUUAUUUACCGAACGGUAAUUUGGAUACGCUGUUACACGAGGGGUGCACAGGAUUAAUCGAGUGGGAGACGCGGCUCAAGAUAGCACUGGGCGUGGCUGAGGGUGUGGCUUACUUGCACCACGAUUGCGUGCCUGCUAUCUUGCACCGGGACGUCAAGGCGCAGAACAUUCUGUUAGGAGACAGAUAUGAACCCUGUUUGGCUGAUUUUGGAUUCGCUCGCUUCGUCGAAGAAGAUCACGCUUCCUUUUCCGUUAAUCCACAGUUCGCCGGUUCUUACGGCUACAUUGCUCCCGAGUAUGCUUGCAUGCUUAAAAUCACAGAGAAGAGCGAUGUAUACAGCUUUGGGGUGGUCCUACUAGAGAUAAUAACGGGGAAAAGGCCAGUGGAUCCAUCAUUCCCAGAUGGACAACAUGUUAUUCAAUGGGUCAGAGAUCACUUAAAGAGCAAGAAGGAUCCAAUUGAGAUUCUGGAUGCUAAGCUUCAAAGUCAUCCAGACACACAAAUACAAGAGAUGCUACAAGCACUUGGUAUAUCUCUCUUGUGCACAAGUAAUCGUGCAGAGGAUCGACCGACAAUGAAAGAUGUCGCUGCAUUAUUAAGAGAAAUUCGACACGAUCCUCCAGCAGGGGCUGAGCCCCACAAGCUCAAAAGAACCGAAACUUCGUCCUAUUCAUCUUCCUCAGUUACCCCUGCUCAGUUGUUGCUCCUCCAAUCCAAUUCCCAUUCCUCAUCACUUGCUUAUUCGUCUUCCUCAGCAGCAGGCUACCACCCCACUAAGGAAUCAAUCAUGAAUUGAAGAUUAGAAAAAAUAUAUUAAUUACUAUAUUUGAGGACUUAGAUCA